AUGGCUGAUAGCCAGCUUCGUCGGGAGGGUUCCGACACCUCCCUCAACGCCUCUGCCGAUCCCACCAACGGUUCUGGUGUGACGUCGCCCCGAUCCAGCACCGAUAACCGCUCGUCACGGAACCAGAACCAGCUUCGCGUUUCACAUAUGCCUCCUGCCAAUCACCAACAUCGUCAAAGCUUGAGUGAAACUCUUCGUGGACCUCCAGGCUCGCCAAGAAAUCGACGACAACCCUCCCUCACGCAGUCCGCUAUUCAGAGCUUGAUUGAUAACCCCCCACCGCCGAAAACUGUCGAUUCUGCCUUUAUCGGCCGCGACUGGCGAGAAAUCUGCAUUGGAGAGCUGGUUAGCCCGGAGGACUUGCAAUUCGUUGAAUUGGACACGGGCGUUGAAGAGGCGACGAACAUCCUGAUUGAUACCGGUGCACCCGUACUGCUUAUUCGAGAAAGCGCUCAGCACAAUGCUGCCGUCGCUACAUUCGACUACUCUGAUUUGAACACAUACCUUUUGUUGGCCGCGGGGUUGACCACCCCGCAAGAAGGACAUCGCACAUCGUAUGAUGAGCUUGCCAAGAAAGCUCGAGAUGGAGAGAAGAUCCCGCUUAAGGAUGUCAAGGCCUUGGGCAUGGAGAAGGAACCGCUUGUUACGCUGCCAGCAUCCGCGAACGUUCUCACAGCGGUAGAGACCUUCGGCGGCGGUAUCCAUCGCGUUGUCGUGACCAAGGAGCCCAAUAACCAAGAAGUGGUUGGUAUCUUCAGUCAGUUCCGACUGGUCAAGUUCCUUUGGGAGAAUGGCCGCAGCUUUCCUGCGAUUGAGCAGCUUUACCCCCAGGCUCUGAACAAUCUGCGCAUUGGAUCCCACAAUGUGAUCUCCAUCAACGGCGAUAAGCCUCUCAGUGAAGGCCUUCAGUUGAUGAACACCGAGGGAGUAUCUUCUCUGGUUGUGGUCGAUAACCAUUGGAAUGUCAUUGGCAAUAUCUCUACGACGGAUGUCAAGCUUCUCACACGGUCCUCAUCGCUACCGCUCCUUCAAAAUACCUGCACGCACUUUAUUUCGGUGAUUCUGUCCACCCGCGGGUUAAUUGAAGGCAAAGACUCUUUCCCUGUUUUCCAUGUGAACCCUACCUCGACACUCGCUCACACAGUUGCCAAGCUCGUGGCAACGAGAUCGCAUCGACUGUGGGUGACCGACCCGUUGUCUCCAUCUUCAUCAGGGCCCCCUACCCCCUCCCACUCCAGUGCACAUAUCCCCUUGGCUGCACCAAUCUCUUCUACGACGACAGGCUCAAACCAUGCACUGUCUCCACCACCUUCACCUCUUCCGACACCCGUGAGCCUCCCUUCACAGUCUCCUGGCCCGGCGACACCCCAUCUCCCAACGCCACCCCAGCCCUACGGCGUCGGCAACACUGUCCCUUUCCCACCGGUCGCAUCCAGCGGCGUUACUCCAUCACUCGCGUCUUCAAUUCCAGCAUCUGCCCUACCAGGCGCUCGCUUAUCUGGGCGCCUGGUUGGAGUUGUCAGCUUGACUGAUAUCUUGAACCUGCACGCCCGCGCAAGUGGCUUGAGCCCCGCAGAUCCGGCCGAAUCUCGGCGCCGUCGACGCAGCAGCUCUUCAAGCAUGAGCGUUCGCCGUAGUGGUGAGAUCGGUCGCGAAUUGUUUAGCCGAGGUGGUGUUUAG